AUGCCCCGACCAGAAGGAGAAAAUGAAACGGCUCCUUUAACUGACGAGGAGAAAAGAAAACCAGAGGAAGCCGCACCCAAUCAAGAACAAAAGCAAGAAAAGACCAGUCAAGCAGAAGAACAACAAAAAUCUCUCCAAGAAGUAAUUGAAGAAACUAAAAGUCAAUUAUUAGAACAACUUCAAGAAAUUCAAGAGCAAAUUAAUGAAAACAUUAGUCCCUUAGAAGAAAAAACUACUGCUCCCCAAGAAGAUAGCGAAAGUGAAGAGGAAGAAAUUCGGGAAGAAUUAGAAAAAAAGGAAAUCCAAUUACGGACUGAAAAAGCCCAAGCCAAAGCUAAACUUACUAAAUCACGGAAUAAACAACAAUCCUUACAACAGCAAAAGGCUCAAACUGAGUCCGAAAUCAUCAAAGAACAAAAAAACCUUAAAAAAAUUGAACAAAAUCUAGGUAAUCCGUCCACCACUCCCCAACAAAAAAAGAAACUCCAACAAAACCAAGAAAAAGGUGAAGAAAAACUAACUCAAUUACAGCAACAAUUAGAGAAAAUUGAAGAAGUAGAAAAGGAGAAUAAAGACCAACAAGAAAAAACCGAAGAGCAAAUUAAAAAACUAGACAAACAAAUCGAAAAGAUUAAUCAGCAAAAACCAACUUCCAUUGAGGCUAAAAAAAUAGAAAAAGAAAUUAGAGAUGCUGAACAACAGGCUAACCAAGCCAAAAAAGAUCCCGAAACUCCUACUUUAAAAAAGAUUGAAGAAAAAAUUCAAGAAAUCAAAGAGUCUCAGUCUUCGCAAGCUGCUCCCCAAAAGUCAAUGAAAGAAUUAGUUCAAUUACAAGAAGAAUUCGCCGAAGAAGUUAUUAAAAAAGAGGAAGAAUAUAUUGAUAGAUUAACCGAAACUCAGGAAAUAUUAGAAAAAGUAAAAACCAAAACUAAAUCUGGCUCGACACCCAUUUUUUCUGUUUUUGGCGAAACCGAUUCUUCUUCCAAACUCUUCGAAUUGGGCGAUGAAGCCAAAGUUAAGGCUCUUUAUGAAAAAAAAAAACAAAUUGGCGAAGACUUAAAAGAAAUUUCUCCCUUAAUUGAAAAAAUUCCUAAUAUUCAGGAAGAACAAAAGAGAACUUUAACUAAGUUAAUGGCUACUUUGAACCCCAACCAAAUUAUUUCUAUCAUUACCAAAUCUCUUUACUGUCAAUUUCUCGAAAAUGCUCAGGAAAAAUUAACCGCUACUUAUCCUUCUUUAUCACCCGAACAAAAAUUAAAACUUUUUAAUUCUGGUUUAGAAGCCUUGUCAAUAAAUACUUUGGCAAAGAAGAAAGAAUUAUUAGUCAUUCGCAAUUCCUUAAUCACCGAGAAAAAAACUUUUGACUUAUCGGUUAAGGAAAAAGAGGAUAUUCUUCGCUUAUUAACUAACCAAUCGAGCAGUGAGCAAUUAAAAACUUAUGAAGAUUAUGGGGUUCCACUUUAUAAUGCUGCUGGCUGGCAAAUAACUUCUCAACAUAAACAAUCUUUACUAAAACUGGCCGAAGAUUUAAUUACUUUGGAUGAAGAACAAAAAGAAAGAUUAGUGAAUGUUGAUGCUAGCCGACUAACUAAACUUUCCCUUGCUCCUCACCAAGAAAGAAUUUUAAAAACUUUCUCUCCUUUACAAAAAGAAUUUAAGUAUUCAAAAAGUUUGUUAGAAAAAACUAAGUCUUUAAAUCUUGGCGGUUCAGUCUUAAAUUUCUUAACUCAACAAGAAAUAGUUCCCGACUUAACUACUUCUUUUCAAGAAUCCAAAGACCCUUAUCAAUCUCUAAAACAAGAAAUCUUAACCAAAAAUCAAAAGCAAAUUCGUCAGGAAAUUAGAAAAAGAACCAAAGAACAAGAAAGCAAAGAGUUAGAAGCAGUCCGAAACUCCCUUUUGCCAAGCAAGUCUGGAAAUAUUACCGGCACCCCUGCUAAUAUUACCUCCUUGGAAGAAAAGUUUGAGCGAUUAGCCAACAAUUAUGAAAAAAUAAGAAGUUAUUUAGUGGAAAAAGAAAAGUUUUUUGAUGCCUCAGAAACUCCUCUUGCUGAACCUCAGCCAACUCCUAAAAAUUCCGAAACUUCCCCUUAUGAUGAACUUCUAACUGGUUUAGAUAAAGAAGAACAGGAAAGACUUCGCAAGAAAAAGGCUCGGGAAGAAGCCAGAAAGAAACUGGAUGAAGCCGAAUUUAAAAGAAGACAGGAAAAUUUAAGUGAAAAGGACCGGAAAUUAAAAGAGGAUGAGGAGAAAAGACAACGGGAAAAGGAAUUGGAAGAACAAGAAGCAGAGAAGAAACGACAGGCCCAGGAGGCUCGUGAGAAAGCAAUUGCCGAAGACAGACAGAAUUAUUUAAUUGAACAAAAGGAACUAAUGGAAAAAGAAUUAGCAGAAGAAUUGAAUAAAAUUAAUAUUGCUGAUAAGGAAGGACGACAAAGAAUCGAAGAGAAAUUUAAAAAAAGAAAAUUAGAAAUCCAGAAAGAAGUUGAUGAAUUAAAAAGGAAAAAUGACGAUGAAUUAAAAGAAAUGGAGGCUAAUGCUAUUAAAGAAAGAGAAGAAAAUGAGGCUAAACUAAAUAAAAUUAGGAAUGAAAUUCAUAUUCAAGAGGAACAAGGACAAAGAGCAAGGGAAACAUCCCAAGCCCAAGCGAGAUUAUUAAAGGAUCAGCAAGAAAAGCAAAAUGAUUUACGAAAAUUACGAAGUCGGUUAUAUGAUGAAGUUCUUGAUUAUUACUUUAACUAUCAAGAAGCCCAAGAAGGAACCAAGGAACCCCAAAAAAGUAGUUCAGGAGGUUUGAGAGAAUUUCUCGAUGAGUCGCCAAGUAUGAAAUUUAACCUACACUUUGGAGACUUAGUUGAUGUUAAUCGAACUAACGAAAGAUACCGAAGAGCCAUUGCCAUUUUUCGUUCAGUAGUGGGAAAUAAAUUUGUCACGAAAGGUGAGUUGAAAAAUUUGUUGGAAGAAAAAGUUACUAGUUUAGAUUUUAAUGCUUAA